AGCUGGAAAACCAAGUCUCAGCCUUGCCUGUGAGAUGAAUGGAAGCCACAUCCAAUCUCUGAUUCUCAGGAAUUUUACAGAGAUUGAAAUAGCGAACACAUUUCUUUACCCAAUUUCGAGGAUUAGAGCCAUUAAACACUGGAAAUUCGAGUUUAGGAUUUGCAUCAUCUUGCUCAACAUAUUCUGUUGCUCCGCUCGCUGUAAAGUAGAGGAUGCGUCCCUGCCCCUAUUGGCCGUUCGGCACAUCUGCUGUAAUCAACGGCUGGCGGUCGGCCGUCAACACGUGGAGCUGUGGUCGGUUGCUGCUGGGUUUCGCUGGCGUCGGUCGCUGCGGCAGAGGAUAGCUAGACGGCGGUUCCUCCAUCGCCCACGUCACGCGGGUGCCAUUUUAAGCUUAAUCGUCACCACCGCCGGCAUUGCGAAGGAACUUCACCCAUCAUCUGCGAGAUGUAGUCAUGAGCGGCAACCAUCUUGAAAAUCUCCACCGGCGCUCGUGCCAAUUUGGCGGUUCCGCCCGUGCUUGCUGCGAGAUCAAGCCACAUCGGCAACGGCGAUUCCAAGUCCCCCUCGGAGAUUCUAACUAAGGGCUUCGCCGAGAGCUUUGAUUACAUCGGGCUCUACCCGACAUCCAAUUUCCUUUCAAGGAAACCGAUUAGCCCCGAUGGUCAACCGGAAAUAACAUACACUAACGGUG